AUGGAGGUGCACCAUCUGGCUCAUCGUCACAUGAAUUAUGGAAACCCCCAUAUUUUGGAUGGGCUUUAUGAGGACCCCAAAUUGAGCAUGGUAAACGGGGGACAUGCGAACACCUCGCCAAACGAACUGCAAACCAAUAUCAAGACCGGUAAGGGUGAUUAACGAUUUGAUUUUUUUGAGGGGAAUUUGCUGCUAAAUUUUUCUUUUUUUGUUUUUUCAAAAUUUCUUAAUUUGCAACAGUCGGAUUUUCUUCAAAUUUGUCAAGCAAAAGCCGCACUUCUCUUACAGAAAAAUAAGCUUGCAAUUUUUAUUUUUGGGUAAUUUUGCAAAGUUUGGGAAAUGUUCAGCAAUAAUCAAAAAAGUUUCUUCAAACAAGCCGAAAAUUCUGUAAGCAUCCAGAAAGAUUUUAAUCUUCAUUUGUGCCAGAUUUUGUCAAAAUCCAAGUGCCGCAUUAAGACCUUUUUUAAGAGUCAAUUUUCUUUGUUCAAAUUCAAAAUUUCUCUCAAAUUCCCUCUCCAUUUUUGUUUCAUGUAAAUCAACCUUCAGUUUCAUAACGCCAACUAACUGCUUGUUUAUGUUCUAGAACCGUCCUACUCUUCUUAUGGCCAGCACUUUCCAGAGAGCGCCUCGCCCUCCACCUCUUCGCCAGUCCAACUUCACAACUAUCCCGAGGCCUAUGAUACGAAGCCUUUAUUGGCACCCCUUCCCCAAUGCACCCUGCCCUCUCCCUCCUUGUCCAAUCACAUUCCUCCGACCUCAUCGCCCAACUCAUUGGACGGAAAAGGGAGCAAAUCGCAUGAUCGGAAACGACCCUAUCCAUGCUCCAUGUGCUCGAGUCGGUUCGGUUCGAAGAUGGAGCUGGAAGAGCACCAAAACAGCCAUACCGGGCAGAAACCGUUCGAAUGCGACGUGUGCCAGAGCCGAUUCAACAGACGCUCCACACUUUGGAACCACAAAAGGAUCCAUUCGGACGCAAAGCCCUUCUCUUGCACUGUCUGUCAUAUGACUUUUAAAUGGAAGAACUCCCUGAAAUGUCACAAGGAAAUGCAUUUGAGGAAGAACGAAACCAGUGCCGCCAUGGAUCAUGACAUCAAAAUGUUGACCUACGCGACGGCGGCCAAAAAGAAGCUGGUAAGAAAGUCGAUGGUAAAUGACAGCUAUUUUUGAACCUUUUCUUUUUUUCUUUUGUGAGAGGUGCUACAAGUGUCAGAUUUGGCUACAAUUUUGCAUAGUGACUCCUACUAGAAUAUACAUCAAUUUUGAAAAUUUUAGCAGUUGCUUUGUAAGCGUAGCCAAUAUUUUCAACUAUUUUUGUGGACCUUAAACUAUGCAAAAUUCAGGAUUACCACUCUUAGGAUAUUUACUUUCUUAGUAAGAUUAAGAUCCCAAUAGAAACUUCACUAUGAUAGAGUAGAUUUUCUAGGCUACAAAAAGAUUGUUUCUCAACUACAAUAGUCUGUAUGCUUCUGUAAUUAUGUGGCUUUUUGUACUCUAUCCUCAAUUUCUCAUUGUUUCUUCGCUGUAACGGUGACAUUUGCAGGCCGAACAGCAUGGUGGCACGUUCAAUGCCCCCCUCCAAACCACCACCAAUCCGAAUGCGAAGAGAAGAAAGGGCCGAGGGGCCAAGAAGCCGUCCACUUCCCUAUUACCGUCCGACCUUCUCCACCACAAAGACUCCAACAUUUCGGUGGAUUUGUUGAAUCAAAUGGACUCCAGCUUGUAUCAUAAUCCCCCGGUCUCGGCGCAGAAUCCGCUCGACUUUAAUCUCCAUUCUAAUAACCUCAUAAUGCAGGCGAUACAGCAACAACAGCAAAGAACCGAUGAACAACAACAUCAUGAACAACAGUUCAUGAUGAAUGGACAUCAACAACAACAGGCACAGCACAAUGAUGUGAUGGGACAACAUCAGCAUUCGCUGCAGGAGAAUCAGGGCGCUCAGAAUCUCUUCAAUCCGCAGUUUUUGGACAAUCAAAAUGGCCAGCAAUUGAGAUUGCCGAAUUUUUUGAAUCCGAUGAAUGUUUUGGACUUCCAGCAGCAACUGGAGUUGGCUGCCAACAACGAGAGGGGUGGAAAUCAACUGGUAAGCUUUUAUUAAGGUUUUGGGGUACACGUUUGUCCAGUAAGGUUACUUUUAUGUGAUCUAGGGGCAAAAAUUAUAUUAUCCAUGACAAAUUUUGGCAAUCUUGUCCCAAAAAUCACAUUUAAUUUGUAUUUUCACAUUUGGAUAAGAAUUUCAAGACCUGCAAAUUAAAUUUCCCUCCUGAUUUUGCAUAACAAUCAAGUCUUUCAAGCUUUUUUCCCACCAAAAUGCUGUGUAAUACCUCAAAAUUUCCUCAAAUUUUCCUGAACUCUUAACUAAUUACCCGUUUUAGCCUCAGACCGGUUACAUGAAUGCAGUGGCCGCCGCGACCAGUAACUCGCAAACGGGUUUGGCCGAUCAGCUCCAAAACCAGGUCCAUCAGAACGCGCCCAUUGUAAAUAAUCAUCUGGAUGGGGUCUUAAACUCGCCGCAGAACUUGUAUCAACAACCGGUAAGAUAACACAACAAAUGUGGACUGUGAUUAGACAAAGGCUUGAGGAAAAAUACUUAAGAUAAUUUGGAGAAAAUGUAAUUUUGUAGAGAGAAAGACGCCUGAUGUCAAGUACAAUAUAAAAAAGGUCCUAAAUUUAGACCUAAAUAUCAUCAAUGCCGUUUUCGAACUUGUUAAAUGCUAUAGCAACCUGUUUUCGUCCAAAGGGCAACACUAAAUUGUGUAUGGUUUUAAAAAAAUAGUUUUUGGCAAAAACUAUUGCUACUCCAAUCAUCUGUAAAAACCCUGAUAAGCUGACUUCUUUCCAGAUCGAUCCCAGCAUCCUGCUGAAUCAGCAGCAAAUCCAGAAUCCGGUCGACUACAUGAACUGUGAAUUCGCGUUGAACCCGAACCACAUGUAUCAGUUCCAAUCGUACCAUUUGGACCAAAAUCAAACUAGUCAAGCGCAGAAUGUCCCCAGCUCCAUUCACUCGGACAUAGUCCCACACCAUCUCGAGGAAUCGGUUCCCAACUUUGCCAAUGAGGAAUUCCAGAAGUUCGCGAAAAUGCUGCCAUUUGACAAGUGGUAG